AUGCUUGCUCAAGCUCGAGGUCAGCGGGCAUUCGCCAUCACGGCUCACUACACGAGUGCAUCGUGCGAUGGCCCACCCUCGUACGCCAAAGGUGAAGAAACUCCCCGUUGUGCUGCUGUUGGUUGCUCAGGGUUAAGUGGAGACGGCAGCACUGUACAAGAUUGUUCUUCCGAGUUGGACUAUCGCGCGGACAUCGACGGACUUUUUGGCGGCGCGCCAUACCUUCUGCGCCACGUCUUCGACGACGUCAAAUGCUCGGAAUUUCUAUUCGCCGAAGUGUUUCGUGCCUCGGGUAAAUGCGAGCAGCGUGGUGACCAAGGGGACUACGUGCGCGCACUUCUCGACAAUAACGGCACGGCAUCAGUACACUAUUUUCAAGACGACUUGUGCACGGCAGAAAGUUGGUAUGGCGGUGACGACAUUGACAUGGAGGCUCUCGAUAGUCAUCUCUGCGUGUUAAGCCAAAAGUGGUAUGCAAGUCCUGGUACUUCGCGAGCUCGGACGUCAACUCCUGUAGCUGUAACAAAGUCGAGCAUUGGCACUGGAGCGAUCGUGGGGCUCGCAAUGGGUGCUCUAGCAGUGUUCAUCUUGAUUAUUGGGAGCGUCGUCCACCGACGGCGUUCAGGUGACGACGACGUACUAAGUCCACUACCAAGCACUGCAUGCAGACCCCUCACUUCACGACACGCAAGCUUCCAGCGGGCAUCAAGCGGACCGAGCGGACUCUGGAACGACGACGUCAUCAUCGCCAAGCGCAUUCCAAAGGACAAAGUCCACGUCGAGCAGCUUGUGAGUCGCGGGGCAUUCGGAGAGGUCUACAUGGGGCUCUACAACCACAAGCGCGUGGCUGUCAAGAUGCUCCUGCCCCAAAUGCGUGGAUAUAUUAACAAGGUGAACGAGUUCCUGACCGAAGCGAAGCUUACUGCCACUAUGGAGCACCCGCACAUUGUCACGUUCAUUGGCGUAGCUUGGGACUCCCUUUCCGACGUGUGUGUGGUGUUGGAGUACAUGGAUGGAGGCGAUCUCCGCUCGCUACUCAGCAACUACGAAACUACUCACCAUCCAGUAGGUUUCGACAGAGGGAAAGUCACGAUCGCCCUGCAUGUGUGCCAUGCCCUGGCAUACAUGCACUCUUUGGCCCAACCGGUGAUUCACCGAGACUUAAAGUCGCGCAAUGUACUGCUGAACCGCGCGAUGGAAGCGAAGUUGACGGACUUUGGUGUCUCCAGAGAGCGACUCGACCGUACGAUGACUGCAGGGGUUGGAACGUCGCUGUGGAUGGCGCCUGAGGUGAUGAUGGGCAAGAAAUACGACGACAAGGCCGACAUCUUCUCCUUUGGCGUGGUGAUAUCGGAGCUGGACAUGCACGCGCUCCCUUACGCCAAGGCGCUGGCUGCUGCAUCCGCGAACAACCAAAUGGCAGCCGCUGUUCUGCUGCAGCGAGUGGCACUGGGGACUCUACGGGUCGAGUUUUCCCAGGUUGGCUCUCGCUUGAUGGCGGAGUUGGGCAGUGCGUGUGUGUCGGUCGAUCCUAGCGAGCGGCCAACGGCGGCGCAGAUUUUGUACAGGUUACAGACCAUUUUGAAUCGAGAGCUGCUGUAG